AUCGAGAGUUCCAAUUUUAGAUAAACGGCUGUCAGCACCGCGAUCUUUUUGUCCCGACGCAACGUCUUCCAUAUUAUCCGAGUCAGUGUGACGCAAGGGCAUCCCUGGAUACCGGAUCUCGGAUUCAGGUACAAAUAUGGUCGAUUUCCCACGGACAUAGUCGCUCAACGCAACACUCGGUCCAACCCACAAUACCUAUAACAAGGGAACAUUGUAAAUAAAUCUGCGUUCAAUCCCAAAAAUGUUCGUCCCCAACCUCCUCACAACAGCCCUCCUCUCCCUCCUCGCAACCACAGCCCUCGCCGGCGCAAGCAAGCAGGACCGACCCUGCGGCUUCAAGGUCGCGCCGUGCCCAACGGGCCAGACGUGCUCGCGCCUCGACACGGCCUGCACGCGCGGCGAGAACUGCCCUGGCGUCUGCCGCAGCGGCAGCCCGUCGACUCCGCCGCCGACGACGAAGACGACCACGACGAAGCCGGAACCGACCCGCAAAUACGAGUCCUGCGGCGGGUUCCGCGUGCAGCCCAGGGAUUGCCCGGCCGGGCAGAUCUGCGUCGACGACCCGUUCAGCGGCGGCUGCGGGAUGGCCUGCGACGCACCCGGGAUCUGCGUGACGCCGACUUUCUGCGGGGGGUUCGCGGGUGUGAGGUGUGAGGGGGGGUUGACGUGUGUUGAUGACCCGCGCGAUGAUUGUGAUCCGCAGAAUGGGGGGUACGAUUGCGGUGGGAUCUGUGUUUGA